AUGGCGCAGCGUUCCUUAUUAAGAUAUCAUUAUAGGUGCAUAAAUCUCAUCUUAAAGAGGCAUAAUUUUGGUAGUUUUAGUGAUAACAGCAGAGUCAAAUUAAGAAAUUUAUUUGAAGAAUUGGUGUUUCUAAUGAAUUAUCAUGAAUAUGGAUUAUGUAGAAGUAGUCUAACGGCGCUAGCUGUGAAAUAUGCCGAGGAAUUAAAGACCCAUUUUGAAGAUGUAUUAGACCGUUUAGAAGAUUUAUGGAGAUUAGCUAGAGAAUUGGAUAGCUAUACACUGUCCAACUGUAAAUCGGUAUGGAAUGAACAGGGGAAAGUGCCAACAAGAGAUUUGGCAAUGGACCAUGGUAGAAAGGAUCCUUAG